AUGAGUUCCGGAGACCGAAAGAAAGCAGUUCUUUAUCAUCAAUUGCAACAACUUCGGGCUGCCACCAAUUCCAAUGCUCUGAACAAAGCUUCAAUUAUUGUUGAUGCAUCCAAUUAUAUCAAGGAGUUGAAGCAAAAAGUGGACACACUCAGGCAAGGCGUUGGAACUUCGACUUCCCCAAAUCCAUCACCAGCGCAGGUUACAGUGGAAACCUUAGAAAGGGGUUUCCUUAUUAAUGUGUUGUCGGACAAGAACUCCCCGGGUUUGCUCGUCUCUAUUCUCGAAGCCUUUGAGGAGCUGGGCCUCGAUGUUCUUGAUGCUAGGGUUUCUUGUUCAGACACCUUCCAACUAGAAGCAGUCGGAGGAGAAAACCAGGGGCAAGCGGAUAGUAUAGAUGCUCACGUGGUGAAACAAGCAGUCUUGCAAGCUAUUCAGAACUGGAGCCAAAGCAGUGAGCAAGAUUGA